UGCGGGCUGUUCAGGCCUCUGGGGUGAUUGUUUUCUGUGCGUUUUAAAAUCAGCGGAGAAACACUAGGGCCGCAAAGAAUUGAUAUUCGCGAAGACAUCGGUUAUGAUCUGGCAGAGGUGCGGCAAAACCGAAACGACAUAGAUUUCUUCGAGGGCCAAGACAACAAAUUUAAGGGCAGAACCACGGUGGGUGGAUUAUCAAGAAUAACGUGUGAGAUUGGUGUUACGAAGACUACCGGGACAAGACACGGAAAGCCCGCAUGCAGCCAGUUGAUUAUUUGUGUAUUUUGGGACAAUUCACUCAACUGAGGAAACCCCCCCCCCCACAGACAGACAGACACACACACACACGCUCUCUCGGAGGCCCCGGGGCUAGCGCGUAGCCGGCCUGACCUGAUGGAGGACGCAGAGACGGAGCUGACCUCGUCGGAGCCCGAGGCGCUGGGCGCCGACUUCAUCACCGUGGAGCUGGACACGCAGCCCAUCGAGUACGUGGUCAAGUGGGCCGAGGUGGGGUCAAAGUUCACCAUCUCCUGCGUGAAGAAGGACUCCGAGGAGGGCUUCGUGCCCGGCGAGCUCAAGACGGAGCCGGACGACAGCUUCUUCGCCCACUACGAGUCCGUCUACCCAGAAUGCAUCGUGGAGGAGAGCGUGGAGGUCCCGCCGGCCGAGGAGGAGGAGGAGGAGGAGCUCGAGGACGGCCACAGCGACUCGGACGACCCCGCCGAGCCCGGGAUCAGCCAGCUGGGUCACCAUGACGACGACCCCGACGACGAGGUGAUGCCGCCGCCCCGGUGGCGAGGAGGAGGAGGAGGCGGAGGCGGAGGCGGGCGCACGGGCACACGCGCGCCCAAAGGCAGCGGCUCUCACGCGUGCCACGUGUGCGGCAAGUGCUACAGCCACUCGUCCAGCCUGUCGCGCCACGUCCAGACGCACGGCAGGGGCGGAGCCAAGGCCAUCGCCGCCGCCAUCGCCAGCGCCGCCGCCUCCGCCGCCGCAGCCAACCAGCACAAGGAGGAGUACGGCAAGGCGGGCGAGGGCAAGAAGACGCUGGCGUGUAACGUGUGUGGCGUGCGCUGCAACGGCAAGCGGCUGCUCGCCAUCCACAAGAAGAGCCACAAGGCCAAGCGCCUGCACGCAUGCAGCCUGUGCGGCAAGCACUUCAACCACAGCUCCAGCCUGUCGCGCCACCGCCUCAUCCACAAGGGCAAGGCCCGGCCGGGCAGCGGCGCCAAGGGCCCGCGCGGAGGAGGAGGAGGAGGAGGGGCCGCCGCCAUGGCGAUGCCCGACCUCGGCAUGGCGAUGCCCGGCGUGGGAAAGCCCAAGAAGAGGCGCGGCGGGCGCGGCGGCAAGGGCGGCAUGGGCGUUGGCAUGGGCACGAGCUCGGGCGGCGAGAAGCAGUACCAGUGCACGCAGUGCGACAAGGUGUUCCGCAACUCCACGGCGCUCUCCAAGCACCAGGUGGCGCACGUGAGGCAGCUGCUCAACUCGUACACGCAGGACAGCAAGGACCCGCUGGCCAAGUCCUCGGACCUCAAGAUCCGCCUCAAGCUGUGCUCGCGCGACAAGCCCAACUACUACACGCUGUGCAAGAAGAACAAGCGCUCCAAGGCGGCGGCGAGAGCUCGGCUGGCGGCGGCCACAGCAGCAGCGGCCAACGCAGCGGCCGCUCAGGCCCAGGCCCAGUCGUCCAGCCGCAGCCCGGACCCCGAGCGCCCGUACGAGUGCCUGCACUGCGACAAGCGCUUCGGCAGCGCGGGCAGCCUGGCUCGCCACGAGCACACGCACGCGGGCGAGAAGCAGUACACGUGCGGCAUCUGCCGCAAGAGCUUCGUGCGCCUGAGCAACCUGAAGCAGCACCAGCAGACGCACGCCACCGGCAAGCUCUACUCCUGCCUGCACUGCGGCAAGACUUUCGUCCACUCCUCCAGCUUCUCGCGCCACAAGAAGGUCCACUCGGCCGAGCGCCAGGCGGGCAAACAGCGCCAGAGGAGCCGCCCCGUCCUGGACGAGACCGCCCCCCUGGAGUCAGACUCUGAGUGAGAGGAGACCCCCCCCUC